UUUAGUUUAUCUUUCUUCUUCAAUCUUUCCUACUCAACCAAAUUUCAAUUCAAUUCAAUUCAACUACCAACUGACCCAAGCAGUUCACUCGCCUUCAAUUAUUUUUUCUUGUAUGGUUGGACUUUGCGAGGAAUUUGGGCGGCAAUAUCACUUUUUCGGUUAUACCCAAUUCCCAUAUUAGUAUUCUCUACUCCUCAAUCGUCUCUUUCAAACUUCGUCUUCAUCGCCUUCCAAUUAACCCCUCCUCCUCAAUCAUCAUCCUCCAUUGUCUUUUUUUUUUGUUUUUUUUUUUUUACUCAAUUCCUUCAACUUUCUGUCUAUCUCUGUCUUCCGUUUAUUUUUCCAACCAAGUUGACAUGGGGAAGAAGCGAGUGAUGGUACCUGUCGAGAAACUUGAUUUAUCGGCAGUAAAAUAUGAGAAAGAGGUCAUUCAAGCUCCUCAUUUGGCUGGGUUUCUCUUCAAGCUUUUUGUUGGGAUCCUCGAAAUGCCUGUUGUUGGUACUUUCGUGGUCUCCAUAUUGAAGAAGCAGAAUAAAAUAGAGGAGUUGCUGCUGAAUACAGUGAUACCAGAGGCACCUAUGUUUAAGCCAGAAUUUCUUCCUCAAGAAGAAGAGCCCGUUGUAUCGGCCCUUGAUGAAGAUGGGAAACCUGAAGACAGAGUAGACAUAGCUUUGAAGUGUCUUCCACAUUAUGAUCCCAUUGCCCAUGUUGAGGCAGGCCCGUCUUCACCAUUCAGAUAUUGGAAAAUUCGUGACUAUGCACAUGCUUAUCGGUCGAGGCGUGUGACCCCUUCCACGGUUGCAGAACAAGUAAUCUCAGUUAUACAGGAGUUCAAUCACAAAAAACCAUCAGCACCUCUAUUAAUUUCUUUUGAUCCUGAGGAAGUCAUGAAGCAAGCUGCUGCUUCUACACGGAGGUUUGAGGAAGGGAGUCCACUGUCUAUCUUGGAUGGGAUAUUCAUAGCAAUCAAGGAUGAUAUAGACUGUUACCCUCAUCCAACUAAAGGUGCAUCAACAUGGAUGCAUGAGGUACGCUCUGUGGAAAAGGAUGCAGAUUCUGUUGCUAGGUUACGUAGAUGUGGUGUAAUACUUGUAGGGAAAGCAAAUAUGCAUGAGUUGGGUAUGGGUACAACUGGAAAUAAUCCAAAUUAUGGAACAACAAGAAAUCCUCAUGCACCUGAUAGGUAUACAGGAGGGUCGUCCUCAGGUCCUGCAGCAAUUGUUGCUUCUGGUAUAUGUUCUGCUGCACUUGGAACAGAUGGUGGAGGUUCAAUUCGUAUUCCUUCCUCCCUUUGUGGUGUUGUGGGCUUAAAAACAACGUAUGGGCGGACAAGUAUGAAAGGUUCACUUUGUGAUAGUGGGACUGUUGAGAUUAUUGGACCAAUAGCAUCAUCGGUGGAAGAUAUCAUGCUAGUAUAUGCAGCAAUUUUGGGAUCCACUCCUGAGGAUAAAAUCAGCCUGAAACCAGCCCCACCGUGCUUGCCAAUUCUAUCAUCUGAUGAUAAUUUGAAUAUUUUGGGAUCACUACGACUGGGAAAGUACUCCCCGUGGUUUAAUGAUGUGUAUUCAACUGACAUCUCUGAAAAAAGUGAGGACAUUCUUCAACUGUUGACGAAAACUCAUGGUUGCGAAAUUGUAGAAGUUGUUGUGCCUGAGCUGCUUGAAAUGCGCACUGCUCAUCUUGUUGCUAUUGGUUCUGAAUUUCUUGCUUCAAUGAAUCCUGAUAUCGAGGAUGGGAAUGGUAAAAGAUUAACUUAUGACAGUCGUACCAGUUCGGCACUGUUUCGGUCAUUCACUGCAUCGGAUUAUGUGGCUGCACAGUGCCUUAGGCGGAGAAUAAUGCACCAUCACAUGGAAAUUUUCAAGAAGAUUGAUGUUAUUGUGACCCCGACAACUGGCAUGACUGCACCACUUAUACCUCCCAGUGCUCAUAAAUAUGGCGAGACAGAUAUGCCGGUUACAGGUUAUCUCAUGCGGUUCAUCAUUGCGGCCAAUCUUAUUGGACUCCCUGCCAUUUCUGUCCCGAUUGGUUACGAUAAACAAGGACUCCCAAUAGGCUUGCAACUGAUUGGUCGUCCAUGGGGUGAAGCUACGAUAUUACGUUUGGCUUCUGCAAUAGAGGAAUUAUGUGGAAACCCCAAGAAGCCAAUGUCAUUUUACGAUGUUCUAACAAGUUAAAGAAACUAGAGGGAAUAAUGCAAGUGGUUUCAAACGCUAUAGUCGAUCCGAGAAACUUUGAUGGUUUUGAAAGAAGAGAAAUAAAAAUGUUUUUCGCUUUAUACACAUGAGAAAUUAUGGAAAUGUAGUUUCCAUAUACUUAUAUGAACUACAAGAUGGUUGUAUCUCCGGUUUGGAGAAUGCACACGCGCGUGAUUGUGUGAAAAAAAAUACCCUUUGAUUCAUCAACCUCUUUCUUACCGAUAGAGUAUUGAGAGAGCUAAGAAUGUGAUCAUUUACUUUUAUAUAUUAAUAAUCAAAAUCAAGAAAUUUUCUUAUUGACA